AUGCCAUACUUGACUAUCUACUGUAAAAUGUUUAAGCGACUUCAAAAUAUGAGGUCUCCAAGGAAGAGGCAAGGUUCUGUUCCACAACGAGGGAAGGCGAAGAAGUCUCUAUUUGACUCGGACAACACUGAUGCAGAUGGCACUACACAUUCUUUUGACUCUGAUUGUACCAUACCUCUUGAGAGCCACGAUGAUCUCAGCGAUGACAACCAAAGUGCCAAGUGUUUCUCGCCAGAGAGAUCUUCUACCCCUUGCUCCUCCAAACCGGUGGCUUCAAAACCAAAACCCAGAAAUGAUGAUAAACUGAUUAAAUCAAACAUUUCAAGCGUAAUGCCAUCAACGUCUGGCUCAUCAUCCUCACUUGUGAAAUCUAAUGAUAAUGCUGAAGUGGACAGUCUGAAAGUGCAGGCCAGGCACUAUAAAACUUUAAGUGCAAUGUAUAAAAAAAAAAAAUCAAACCCCAACCAGAGCGACGUUGCUCAAGUACUAAACCUAGAGUUCAAAGCACGUCGGGCGUUCAUAGACUCAAAUGUCACGCCUGUACCCCCCAAAAAAAUGGCAAACGCUAGUGAAUCUCUGAUUCACAUACUCAAGUCUGAGGAGGACCCAGCCCUCUACUUGACAAAGCGUCCGCUAUUCACACCACUACUACUCUUCGAUGGAACAACGUGCAUAAUUGCAGUGGGCAAUGAACCAAUUUGCACCCUUCCGAAAGAGGACAUUUCUGAGGCAAUGUUGGUGAUAAUGGCCUACUACUACACAUUGCACCUUACAUAUCCAAAGUGUGUUGCAACAGUCCUCUCGGUGAUCCAGACAGAGUUAAACUGCUGA